GAUGUGACCUUCUGCUUGAAUUAUCUCAAGAGCUUUAGAAAUAUGAGUGCACACCUGAGGAGUUUACAUGGGGUUGUGACGGAGGUGCCAAGGAGCCCCAAGGAUUGCUGACCAGGCAGAACAUACCAACCCUGAGAGGAAGCAAGACAUCAAGCCUCUGAAACCAAUUCCCUGAAGGACCUGGAGAAGAGGAGGGCAGAUUUGCAGGCCAUGGCGGAGAGCAGUGCUGCACCGCAGGUCCUGGUGGAGGGCAGUGCUGUGGCCCUGCGGCCUUUUUCCAAUUUCACUGGCUCCGUGGAUGACCGUGGGACCUGCCAGUGCACCGUUGCCCUGCCGGACACUACCUUUCCCGUGGUGAGAGUGGAGCAGUUGGAAUUCACAGCUCACAGUCUCUCCCAGACGUUCAAGACAGAGCUCUCUAAAGUGAGGGAGUAUGUCCAACUAAUCAGAGUAUAUGAAAAGAGAUUCUUCAACCUCACUGCCCGAGUAGAGAUCAUGGAAAAGAAUUCCUUUUCCUACACUGAACUAGACUUUGAGCUGAUCAAGAUAGAAGUGAAGGAGAUGGAGAAACUAAUCAUACAGCUGAAGAAGGGUUUUGUUGGGAGCUCAGAAGUUGUUGACCAGCUGGAAGUAGAGAUAAGGAAUAUGACUCUCCUGGUAGAGAAGCUUGAGACACUAGACAAAAACAAUGUCCUAGCUAUUCGACAAGAAAUCCUGAUACUGAAGAAUAGACUAAAGGAAUGUGAGGCAUCUAAAAGUGAAAAUGCUCCCGUGAUCCUGCCUCCUGCUCCAGGGAACUGUAGCCAUGGAGGUGUGGCAAACAUCAGCAAGCCAUUUGUGGUUCAGCUCAACUGGAGAGGGUUUGAGUAUAAGUAUGGUGCCUGGGGUCGGGAUUAUUCUCCUGAGAAUCCAGAUAAAGUACUGUAUUGGGUGGCGCCUUUGAACACAGAUGGGAGAUACUUGGAAUAUUACAGACUCUACAAUUCGCUGGAUGAUUUGCAACUGUACACAAAUUACCGACAGUAUCGGGUAAUCUACGGCCAAGGCAGUGGCACAGCAGUGUACAAAAACAACAUGUAUAUCAACUUCUACAACUCCCAGAACAUCGCCAAAGUUGACUUGACUACCAACACGGUGGCUGUGAGACGCGCUCUCCCAGGUGCUGUCUAUAAUAACCGUUUUUCCUAUGCUAAUGUUGGGUGGCAAGACAUGGACUUUGCUGUGGAUGAGAAUGGGCUGUGGGUGGUUUACGCAACUGAAGCCAGUACAGGGAACAUGGUGAUCAGUAAACUCAAUGACACCACACUUGAGGUGAUAAACACUUGGCAGACCAGGCAGUACAAGCCAUCUGUUUCUAAUUCCUUCAUGGUAUGUGGGGUUCUGUAUGCCACCCGCACACUAAACACCAGAACAGAAGAGAUUUUUUACUACUUUGACACCAACACAGGGAAAGAGGGCCGCCUAAGCAUUACAAUGCCUAAGGUGCAGGAGCGAGUGCAGAGCAUCAACUAUCACCCUUUCGACCAGAAACUUUUUGUCUAUAAUGAUGGCUACCUUCUGUAUUAUGAUCUUACCUUCCUGCAGAAACCCCAGUAAACUAUUGAGGUGUCAGGGUGAGAGAGAAUGCUUGUUGACAAAUGAUCUUCUCCACUGAACUUAGUUAUUGGCAGGGGGACCCAGAAGUGUGUUUGUUUAGUAGUAAUAUUUGGGAGCAUGGUUGCACUACACUAGAGUUUUAGGAUAUUUGCCCAGGGUUGAUGAAUUCUCUUGGAAGUCAGAUAUGUUCUGAGAUGCAUUUUUUCCAACUGAAAUAAGGCCCUUCCAGGGUGGGAUUGUCAGAGAUGUAGAGGCGUUAUGGAUCAAAUAGAGCCUACAGUGAGGUGACAUCUGGAAAUUAAGGAAUUGAAGAGAACUCAGUAAGGCUUUUUGGGAUUGUUUGUUCAAGAGAGAGGGCUCAGUGAUGGGUCUUUCCUCUGUAGCCCUGCUAAUUCUUCCAUGCCUGAAAGGAACCUGGGGCUUAAUUAGGCAGAUUAGUAUCUGAAGCUCCUUAAGUGACCAGAUAUAUUCAGCUUUGUUUUUCUCACUAGCACCUGGAACCACAUUUUGUACAUAGCAGAUAUGUAACUUUGGCAUGCUUAUAGCCUACCUGUAAGAUGCUCUGAUUUUUCUGGAGAAAAGCCCUUUUAUACAUUAAAUUGUACACUGCAAAUCAGUCCCAGAUGGAUAUGCAGGUGAGGCCCUUGAUCUUUCUUUUCCCCAUUGUCCAUCUAAUAAGAGUCAGUAGAACCCUCCUACCUCAUAUCUUCAUUACAAAGUUGGCAUGGAAAAUUAGAACCAGACUUACCAAACUAUUCCCUCCAUCACCUCCUUAUUCCCUGCUUUUCCCCCAAUUAAUGAGUUUUCAAUGGAGCAGAUAUGAGAUAAACAAAACUAAUCUUCUUUUGUCUCAUCAUGAACUUUUAUUUACAUGACUCUAAGAAAAACAAAUGGCAGUGAUAAAAUGGCAUCAUAUCUGAUUAUAUAGCAAAGCCAUUGGAAUGGAUGGGAGACUUGUAUUAAGUCAUGUCAGUUAUUUCAUGGGAAUUUUUUAAAGGUGUGAUUGUUUUCUUCCUUUAAGCCUGGAAGUUAUAAGAAAAUGCAAAAUGUACCUUUUUUUUUGCCCUUAGGAAGAGAUGUACAAAGCUAUUGAGAAUGUCAGUCCUAUAGUUGAAAACCUUGCAGGUGUUUGGGCUUCUGUGAUUUUGGUUGGCUUUGCCAUCUGUCUCUAUGUGCCACUGAUGUUCAUGAGUUCUGGUCUAUAGUAUGGGUUCCUUAAAUGCUAUAUCCCCUCUCCUUUCAAUAAAAUGAUUAAAAUGCUUUGUAA